AUGUCGGGAGACGUGCGUGCCAAGGACAACAAGUCCUCGCUGAGUCACCGUGCCCAGCAGAAGUUCAACGCUGGUAAGUACGAAGAAGCCGUGGAUGCACUGGAGAAGCUCGUGGACGAGAUUGACCCGCGUCAGGACUUUAAGGUUCGGCACAAUGUGGCGCUCGCCCGGUUCGCUGCGGGGCUGGACACGCCUGGCAAGAUGCAGCUUGCGCUCCAGCAGAUUCUGCGUGCUGAGCUGCAGGAAAAUGACAGGAAACCUGCUCUAGCUGCUGCUCCUGCUGCUGACGUCGCUGUUAAUGGAGAAGAUGCUGCUGUGGGCGUUGAUGUUGCUGGCAAGGACAGCGGAUCGUUUUCUAUUGAACGAGAGACGGCGUAUUUACGCUAUAACUACGCGGCGGCUCUGUUCAUGUCGAAGCAGUACGCACAGGCAAGCACAGUGCUGGAAACAGUCAUGCGCAACGUGGACCCUAUCGAUGAAAAUGUGGCUAUGCAUGCUAGUUUCUUGUAUCUGGACGUCAUUUUGCACAGCAGCAGGGGGUGUGUGAGUACGGAAAGAGAGCGUGCUGCAACGAGUAAAAAGGCACAGAGCAUCUUGGCUUUCUUGGAGAAACCGCAUCGGUUUAACACGGUGCAGCAGCCACCGGAUCAUUUAGUGCAGCGCGAUGUCAAUGGCAAUGCAGUGGAGACAGAGAUGCAGAAGAAGAAUCGAUGGGACGUGACGGAGUUCCGCUUUCGGCUGCAUCUUUACCGUGCCAAGUCCAUGUUGCUCCAGAGCAACCUGAAGACAGCAAAAAAAGAGGUGAAGUCUGCACUGGAAAUCUUGCAGAAGGAAAUCAAGACGUACGAUAGGGGAGAUACUGCUGCGGCACCGUCAUCUUCGCUUGCAUUGGAGUCGGAAAAGACGAGUGCGGCCAUCGGCCAUCCUCGCCUCAUGGUGCAGAACUCUACGGCGCUGUUUUUGAAGGCAAAUCUGGAAUAUUUAAAGAAAAAUUACAAGAAGUGCAUAAAGCUUCUUGCUUCGUGUACACAGGAAGCUGUGAGCGAGAGUGUUUUGUUGAAUAACAUGGGCUGCAUCCACUUUCAAUUGGGACAGCGGAAGGCGGCACAGUCAUAUUUUGCUCGAGCACUGCAAGCCACGACAAAAGCUACGAAGAUGGACGCGGUUGCCAUUGCGAGUUCGUGCCAAUACGAAAUCAUGUACAACAAUGGUCUGCACCUGUUACUUCAAGGUGAGUUCGCGCUGGCGUUCCGUUGCUUCCACGAAUCAUCGCGGCUAUUCUUCAACCGACCCAAGCUGUGGCUCCGCCUCGGUGAGUGUUGUACUGCAGCAUUUGCAAAGGAGCAGAAACUAGCCGUUGUUGCCGGCAACACAAGUGGUUUGAUCCAGGGAAUAGUGGGCACCGGCUCGCAUCGCCGUGUUCUACUUCCCACUAGCUUACCGUCUGCGGCAUCACAGGACAUCAAGCUUGCUGAAAUGGAUAGCAAUGGCAUCGCGUCUCGAACGGCAUCGGUAGAUGAUGAUGCUGUGGGUGGCUCACCUACAAUGAGUCUUCCGUUCGGUGCGAAGUGCUUUAAGAACGUAGUCUUGCUCUGCAACCAGCUUUUGGAUUCCAGAAACGUGAACGGAAACACGAAUACUCCAGCAGGCGCUGCAGAUGGACCAGAAAGUGAACCUCUUGACACAGAGGCUCUGGAUGUGCUUCGUCAGAAGGCUCUCGUUAACCUGUCGUAUGUCUACCUGUCGAUGUACGAACCCCAGCUUGCCAUUGCAAGUGCAAAAGAGUUGCUGGCAUUGGCUACUUGCUCAAAGGCAAACUGCUUUUUGGCGCGUUCGUACACUGCAGAGGCUCUUUGUAUGCUGUCACGAGCAUCAGAAGCGACGGACGCCUUGCAGUCGGAGCGAGACUUGAUUGCCAUGGCCGAAGACUACGCACGGGAAGCCAAGAUCCAGGUGUCUCGAGCUCGAGCUGGUGUCCAUGUGAGUAACGCCACUGCACUUCUGCUGCAGGGACGCAACUCUGAAGCAGAGGAAAGCGUGACGCGGGCUGUGAGGGAAAACCCGAGUUGUCGCGAGUCGCUCGAGCUGUUAGUGUAUGUACUGCUGAAGAAGGGCGAUACAAAGAAGGCACUUCGUGUGCUGAAAGAGGCACAGGUUGUGCAGUAA